UCAACCCGAUCAGGAUGGAUAUGGCUCUGGUAACAUUCUGGGAUUCUAUUAUAAAUGAACGCGAUAUUUAUCUUAUCAAUUUCUGAUGAACAAAACUUAGAUGGCGGGAUGCACUUCUGGAGCUUGAUGCAAGCAGAAGCAAUUGAUUUGAAUGGGAAAAAUUUCAGUCACCAUUUCAAAGAUCAAAUGCUUCAAUACAACAAACAGCUUGGUAAGCUUAUUUUGCUCUACUUCAAUUUUUAUGUACCAACUACAUGUAUGCUCAUCUAUCACUGAAGCUGCGUCCAAGAAUGAUACUUCCACCCAACAACCCUCCUCUUCUUCCUCUUCCUCCGCAUCCGCAUCCGCAUCCGAUAGCACUGCUGCUCCUGUGACAUCUAUUUCCUCGGGGCCGAAUCAAGUGCCAUCCAUGACGUCCCAAAAGCCCCGAACGGCACAACAUGAUGGAGUGCAGAAAUUGAGGAAUAUCAUUGCCCAGAAAUACCGACAAGCAAUAUUUGAGAACUACCAAGUUGCUCUCCCAGAAGGAAGAAAAAUGGCAUGGCAAGACAAAGCAAUGUAUCGCGAUAUUGUCAUGUCAGGCUGGCCUGAAGGAACCGAACGCGUCAACCCCAGCCGUUUACUGCAGCAUGAACGAGAUGAAAUCGAGCGUCGGCUGAAUUCGGGACCACUUGAACUACUCUACACUUGCAUUGCUGGAAGGACUUUAGUGGGAGUUUAAGACUAUGAAAUAGUAUGGCUGCGGUAUGUCUUGUAUAUGUCUCCAUAUUUUCCUGCUGUAAGUAAGCGUGAUCCACUUGUAUUUCUUCGCAGUACGCAGCAAUUUUGUUGUUGAUAUCAUAACUGGGAAUAAAGCAAUUAAAAUCAAAACAUAUCAACAUUACAUUUAGUUCAGUAUUCAUAAUCUAGUGUAAGCAUUUCAAUACUUAUUAAUACUAGCUAGUCGUUAUGAUUUCUUUUCGCGCGGGAACAUGUAUACGGCAAAGUGUGAGCUCCUUUUGCUCAGAAACGAACCGUCUAACAAACAACUUUUAAUAAUAAUUUU